CGAAAGUAAUGAUUAUUUUCGGUCCGCGGGCGGCUUAGUUCCGCAUACGUCCGCCGCGGCGCUGGCCACGACGAGUUCAGCCCAAAAUACUCACCUCGCUAUGUCCAACUCAAAAACUCAUUAUAACAUACGAAAAAAAGUGUAAUAUAUAGAAUUAAUUAUAUUAAAUCGAACAUCAAAUCGUGCUCAACGUUUUAAUCUACGAACAGUGUUAAUGGACGUGUUUAAGUGUGAGCUGUGAUCUAUUUCCGAUAAGUUGAUUCGUCCAUGACUGCGCUUUUCCAGGGAUAAACGGGUGGGCGCUCUUUAGGAAAGCGCGGCCGUUUUGUUAACAGUUGGCCGCGUCUGCCGCAAAAUGUUUACGGAUUUACACAACGAAUUUGACGGGUGGUCGCUAAAAGGACUACUCUGGACAAAACGCAGAGACAGCUACGCGAUAAUUUCUAAUCGUGCGACGUAAAGCCAGAACUGAUGAAGUUCGUUUGUAGGUUCGUUAACUGGGAAAAUGCACGCCUCACCAGCCCCCAACGCCGCGAGGGGUGCGAAAACAUUUUAAAACGCAAUCAACACUAAUGGCGACACGUAAACUAAUAAUAUUUCUUGCGAUCGUCGCGUUGGCUGCCGGCGAACAUGAGAACGAAACAGAAAACAAAGCAGAGGAAGCCAUGGAGGCGGAAAAGGACCAAAAACUGAGGUCCGCGUCGCCGGCCAGAUCACAGGGCUCAUUCCACAAGCUGACCGCCCUGAUGAAUAACACGGAGGAAAGACGCCAGUCGCGUCGGAAGAACAAGGAUAAUCUCAACAAGAUCCUGCAGAUGAACAGACGACACGAUGACAUGCUGAAUGACAACGAAGGUAUACCUAUUAACCAGAGGACCGCACCUGACAACGACACAACACUCACGGACAAGAUCAAGAUCCUGCGUCCGCUCGUGCCGAUGUAUGAGCCGGAAAGCAAAUACAAUCACGUCUCGCAAGCUAGCGGGGUUUUUUGUAAUUUCGAAACAUCAAACGCGUCCAUGGACUUAUGUACGUGGCAGUGGAACUCCACGGUUUCGAGACACGGUCUGGGAUUCAGUGUGAUCACUCCGGACGAUCUGGUGAACGUUAAUAGUACAACUAAGGGUAUGAGGUUCUCCGGGCCUUCGGAAGACGCUGAUCGGAACCCCAAAGGGCAUUUUCUCUACCUGGCCGUGGAUCCCACUAUGGAGAAUAUGGUGGUGAAAUCGCCACCAUUUCGAGGUUUAUGGGAGUUUUGUAAGUUCGAAGCUCUGCUGCACCAGAGAAUGAUGCAGAACGCCAGCAUCAGACUGAUAUCAGAGUCUACCAUAUCUGAAGUGCAAUGGAUCCUACAGGAGGUUGCCGGGAACAAUGCCGAGAACUGGUACCCGAUGCGCUUCAUGAUCGGAAAGGUCCAGCAAGAGGUCAGGAUCAUCAUAGAGAUAACCCGACCGAACUACGUGAGUCUGGCGCAGCCCCUCCCGCACAUCGCCAUAGACAACAUCAGGAUGAUCGACUGCGUCCCGGAGCCACCAGUCUACAAUGGCGAAUGCAACCCUGGACAACUCAAGUGCAAGAUAAUGAACAGGGAGUCGUGUAUCAAGCUGCACCAAGUCUGCGAUCUGGUGAAGGACUGUGACGACGGCAGCGACGAGCAGAAGAACUGCGAUAAAAUGCCGUAUGGAUCUUAUUGUAACUUCGAACAGGACAGUUGCGGAUUUGUCGACGUGCCUCAGCCGAUCCUGAAAUGGUCCCGCCAUAGGGGACCGACUCCGACGGACAAAACCGGCCCCAACUACGACCACACUUGCGGCCCCCCAACCCAACCCAACCUCAACCCAACAAAGAAAGUUCCUCCCCUGACCCCCCCCUUCCAUAUGCACUGCGCCGGGUACUAUUUCUUUGUGAACAUGAACGUUACCGGCCCCAAUAAAGAGAAAGCCGAUUUCGCAUCGACCGCCGUUAUGAAGACCGUCAUUUUUAACCCGCCUCCGAAGGUCCAUGGGGAUGUCGCGUCCAAGUAUUACAACUGCUGCAUGGUAAGGUUUUACUACCAGCAAAACGGACGUAACUAUGGCUCUUUAAGCGUGGACGUGGUAGAGCUGACAGCCAGAGGGAACAUCAGCACUUCAGUUUGGUUCUCCACUAAGGACAAAGGCGAGAACUGGUACAGAGCUUCCAUCUUCCUUCCUAACGUAACUAGGAGAUAUUACCUCCAGUUCAAGACCCGUAUGGGGAUGCGGAUCUAUUCGGAUUCCGCCAUCGACGACUUCUCGAUGUCGCCGGAGUGCUUCGGUCUGAACGUGGACCCGGAGGAACUGGGAGACUACAACUAUUACGAUCCGGUUUUCGACGAGAAGACCACGCCGCAUAAAGAUUUCACCGGUCGGGUCUAUUACAGGUUCACGCCGUGCGGCGCGUCCGGUCGGUACGGACCCAACCAGACCAUGUGCGACGCGGCCUACAACAACACGCCGGUCGAUGUUAAUGUCCUCCACACCCAUCCGUACACCGGCGUCCAAGUCUGGGAGGUUCCCGAGGAGGGGCUAUACACGAUAAUAGCCACAGGCGCGAGUGGGGGUCUGGGCUCGGCCUGGGCGGGCGUGUCUCAUGGGGCGCAGGCCCGGGCCCUCCUCGAGCUGCACAGGAGUGAGCUGGUCUACAUGUUAAUCGGACAGCAGGGCAUCAACGCCUGCAAAAAGACCUUAUCGGCCCAGGAGAGUCAAGAAUGUUCCAGAAAGCCCUCGAACGAGAGCCUCCAAGUGUUCACGAGUAAGACACACGAGGUCAGGAAUACUCACGUCAUAGACGGAGGAGGGGGAGGGGGCGGAGGAACUUUCGUGUUUCUGAUGGACAAAGAGGGCCGCCCGUUCCCGCUGGUCGUGGCCGGAGGAGGCGGGGGUAUAUCCGUGGGCAUCUUCCGCGACGACGGCUCCCAGCACGGGAAACCCCACACGAAUUCCACUCCUGAAUCUGGGUACAUGUACGGCCAGCCAGACAAGACCUCAGGAGCGGGUGGCGGGUGGGUGGCCAGGUCGGGGCCCAUCACGCCGGGGUCCGAGCGAGUGCGGGGCGCGGCGCUGAGGGAGGGGGCGGUGGGCGGAGGGGCGUGCGUGGGGCGCGCUGCGGGGGGCUUCGGGGGCGGAGGGGGCGGAUGUCUCAAGGGAGGCGCCGGCGGGGGGUACAUGGGUGGUAACACUAACGAGGGCGAACAUGGCGGAGGGGGCUGGUCCUAUAUAGACGGCAGCCGCGCCCUCCGCGUGUACAGUGACGUCAGCGUGGCACCACGCACCGGGCCCGGCGAGGUGCUCAUCAUCCCGGCCAUACACGACUGCGGCUGCGACUACCGGUGCGUGGCCCUCAACGAAUUCAGGAGCGAGGUGCGGUGCUAUUGUCCCUCCUCCUGGGUCUUCAACCCCAUGGACCCCGGGAAGUGUGUCUAUCCGAACACUUGGUUCACAGUGGAAGGAGAAUGGAGCACAUUCACGUGGACCAUUGUGGCGUCUUCUAUAGGGUGUGUGGUGCUGGGGGCUCUGGUGUCCCUCUCCUUGGUGCUAUACAAUCGCUACCAAAAGAAGAGGGAAGCGAGACAGGCACAGAAGCGGAUCAUGGAACAAGAGGUCCAACUGCACAGACUCAGGAACGCUCCGGGAGGAAACGACAACGCGCUGGCAAUGGCUUUCAACCCUCACUACGGGAGCGAAAGCUUCCUACCUCAAGGGAUCGAUGUGAGAGGACUCCCGCAAGUCUCGAGGGAAAGCUUAAAGCUUGUCAAAGCAUUAGGCCAGGGCGCCUUCGGCGAAGUCUACCAGGGCCUGUACCGGCACCGCUCGGCCGACGCCGCGGAGAUGCCGGUCGCGGUCAAGACCCUUCCCGAGCUGUCCACCGGCCAGGCCGAGUCCGACUUCCUGAUGGAGGCCGCCAUCAUGGCCAAGUUCAACCACGCCAACAUAGUCCACCUCAUCGGCGUUUGCUUCGAUCGACACCCGAGGUUCAUUGUGCUAGAAUUGCUGGCCGGCGGCGAUCUGAAGAACUUCCUUCGCGAGAGUCGCCCCAAGCCGGAGCGGGCCAGCGCCCUCACCAUGAAGGACCUGCUUCUCUGCUCGGUGGACGUCUGCAAGGGAUGCCGGUACUUGGAAACUAAGAGAUUCAUACACAGGGACAUAGCGGCGAGGAACUGUCUGCUGACGUCCCGGGGCCCGGGCCGCGUGGUCAAGAUAGCGGACUUCGGUAUGGCUCGAGACAUAUACCGCGCCGACUACUACAAGAAGGGCGGGAAGGCCAUGCUGCCCAUCAAGUGGAUGCCACCCGAAGCUUACAUUGACGGAGUCUUCACCACUAAGACGGACGUCUGGUCAUUCGGCGUGCUGCUAUGGGAGGUAUUUUCGUUAGGCGUGAUGCCGUACACCGGAUGCGCCAACCGGGAGGUCAUGGAGCUGGUCUCUGGUGGAGGAAGACUGGAGAAACCGUACGGUUGUCCCCCGGAGAUAUACCGCAUGAUGUGCGGCUGCUGGAACCCGACACCAAGCGACAGGCCGUCCUUCGCUACGAUGACGGAAAUGCUGCAAAGGUUCAUACAGGACCCGACCAUAGUGAGCGCGCCGCUGCCCGUCGUGCGCUCGCUGUUACCGCCCUCGCACACGCACCCCAUCUCUAACGGACACCAGCCAUCGGCGGCGUGCGACUACCUCGUCCCGAUGUCGCCGCAGGACGCCACGCAACAUCCGGAUAGUACAAUGGAUCAGCUGGGAGUUCAUAGCAGACCGCAAACGGCGACACGCAACAAGGAGGAAGAAGAGGACUUACAAUAUCUACCUCUGCUGAGAGCAUCACAAGAAUAUGGCAACAUUCCAAUAAGCGCGGAGCCCAGCGUAAGGCACGUAGACGUCGUUGUUUCCGCCGAAACAAGGAACACCAACAAGUUUCUGCCGUCUAACUCUACUGACAGGCUAUUGAGUUCAGUGGAGGAAGCUCAUAUCGAUGAUGAGUCGUUGUCGGAAGUGGACGAAAAGCCCGUCGUGUGGGAGACCUCAUUCACAGUGAUACCACCCGUGCUGCCGAAGCCACAACGUGACGAAGGCCCCGCGGUGGAAAAACUGAUAAGCAUAACACCCACAACGCCAAAGCCGCCUGAAAAUGCUUUAACGAAAGCAAUCGACGCCACAGUCAUCGACAAAACCAACCACAAGAACGCUCUCGUACCGGACAGGAAGACGGCUCCGAUAGCGUCGCCGGACCCGCCGCGCAUUAACGCUUGGAGCCAGGACCCUCCUAAAUUAAACCCUAAACCGAAGCCCCUUUGUCUGGACGCAGCCAAGCUGGAACAAAACCUGAACGCCCUAAAGAAGAACAGCGGAUCAGUGAACUUGAACACCAUGAACAUUCUCCCUCCGUACAUCAACGUCGUCACUCCGAAUAAGCUAAGCGAAUCGAAGACCAUACAGAUAGAUCCAAAGAAAGCUGUCAUAGACGAUAGCCUGACUACUAAGACUAAGUUGAAGCAGUCUAACUCGGCGGCCAGUCUGCUAAACGGGCCAAUGACGGACGUACCAUACGUCGACAGCGACAACACCUCAUCAUCGAGCAGUAACAACGCGAAGAACGGAAGGAACUUAAUUAAAAAACAGGGUAGUGAUGCUGAGGUAGCCGAUUCCGAGAUAAGUUGCUGAAAAGGCGUGUCGUCGUUUGAAAGACAUUAAAAAAAAACAAAAAACUAACCUAGUUGUACAUAGUAGGAAUUUUUGUAUCGAUUUAAGCGUCGUGAUUUGUAAAGUUCGGGUGUUUUUUUGUUUUUCGUGAUUCGUCUGGCAACCCUGCGCGGGUCAACGUCACGCCACAGACACGUCACACUCUACAUAUUAAUAAAACUAUUAACGAGAGUAAGGUUAGAAAUAAGUAUUUGUAAAACUAAGGUAGUUGUUGGAUUAAGACAAAAUAAUAUAAAUAUGUGAAUGUUA